UUUUGUUACGGUCAUUCGCUUGCGUUACAAGUGGUGUGUUGGUGUCUUUAAGUUUGUGUUGCGAUAGUAAAUAAAUAAAUAUGGCUUUAAAGAUGGCGUUGGUUGUCCUGACGGUGGCGGUGUGCGCAAACGCACGGCUGUUCGCAUUCCUGCGGCCCUCAGAAUCGCAGCACGCUCUUAGGCCGCAGCAGCGCAUCGGUUAUGAUCAUCAUCACAUCACCGAAGAUGAGCACGUAGACUAUUAUGCGUAUCCAAAGUACAUCUUCAAGUAUGGCGUUAACGAUUUUCAUACUGGCGACAUUAAAACGCACCACGAAAGCCGGGAUGGAGAUGUCGUAAAAGGUCAAUACACAGUAGUGGAGCCUGACGGUUCCAUCCGCACUGUUGACUAUACCGCCGACAAACACAACGGUUUCAACGCGGUAGUGCACAAAACCGCGCCGAUCUCACAGCACGAAGCUGCGCAUCUAUAAAGCGAUAGUGUCAAUGUUUGUGUUAGAAUUUCAAAACGAAUUUUCUUUAGAAUCAUCUCGAAAAUUUCAUUACCUGAGUUAAAGUUAACUAAGACUUAAUUUAUUUGUUGGUAGUUUUUGAAC